UAUCUUCGCAUGUUCUUUGCUUGUUCAAAAUGGUUACGAUUAUUAACGGUGAAAUAGUACAGGACAAUGAUCCGAGGGCGCAAGAGUUUCGAAAUCGUGGACGAAGACAACAAGAACAGCAACACCAACGAACACGGGGAUCACAGAACCAAAACUACCCUCCAGUCCAACAAGGGGGUUCUAUUUUUGAUCAACUUAACGAUCGACUGAUUUCCGCCGGUUUUCCUCGAUGGAAUUUGGGACAAAAUGUCGUCGAACCGAUUACAUCGGUGACGUUGAUUCUUGCUGUGGUUCUUUUUGGCUUCCAAGGUUUGUUAUUGGUGGGCGUUCUCUGGCUCAUCAUGCAACAACGUCGACGAUGAGCAAGGUGUGAACUUCGUAAAAAAUUAAAUCAUAUGGCAUUCACGGAUUUAUUCAAAUUUGAAACAGCUUCUACGUGUCGUUGAAGUCACGGACUCACUGCUGGACAGAAAAUCGUGAUAAAAUUAGCAUACAUAGUGUUUAUUAUUAUAGAAGGCACUUUUACAAAGGUAAUUAGAUUAAUUCUGGUGAAUUGUAGGAAGAAUUUGAUUAGUCAGCUGAUCAAGAGCUGGCGCAGAUUUUUAAUGAAUGGGUUGGAUGUUAUGUUGGUGGGCCACUUUCUUACAUCUCCUUCACUCCCAAGAUCUAAUUUGUAAUUCUCUUUACUUUAUGCCUCAGAACUCUCAUGAUGUUAGUUUGGAGAACUUGGUACUGGAUCAACUAAUAAUCUCGUAACUGAUAUUUAUUCACUUAUCUGCUCGAUAUUGUAGGAGAAAUGCUGUCUUGAUCACUGACUGAAGUUAGGUUUAAGGGUUAAGCAUGCACCACACAAGAUCUAAAAUAUUAGUUCAAAUUUCAAUUUACUGUAAAAUGGUUGGAAAUUUUGCUUUAGAUGUGCAAUUUAGUCUCAUCUAGGACAAGGUGGUGAAUAAUAUCUGCAAAUCAGGCCAAAGCUGACCAAUCAGGGUGCAUGAAUGGAAUAAUAUCUGUAAAUCAGGCCAAAGCUGACCAAUCAGGGUGCAUGAAUGGAAUAAUAUCUGCAAAUCAGGCCAAAGCUGACCAAUCAGGGUGCAUGAAUGGAAUAAUAUCUGUAAAUCAGGCCAAAGCUGACCAAUCAGGGUGCAUGAAUGGAAUAAUAUCUGUAAAUCAGGCCAAAGCUGACCAAUCAGGGUGCAUGAAUGGCACUCCUUCUGUGUAGCAUUUUUAAAACCUUUGCUUAUUCUCCACUGUGUUUUCCAUACAUUUCCUGUGGUGCUGAUGAGAAGAAUUUGUUUAACAAUCAAGAGCUGCUUUAGUUAGUGAUCAUUUCCUUUAUUCCCAUAGCCAAAAUAUUAAUUCAGGGUGAUACUGUUAAGAGAAAUUAGAUGCUAUUCACUCUCAGGCAUCAGAGAGUUAACCGUGACUGUUGUUAGCUUCGAAACUCUCUUUUACAAGGUGGACCCUAGUGGGCCUGUUUUCCAAAGUUGUUCCAAUUCUAGCCUGUUCCAGGAAUGCAGUGACCGAAACAAAAACGAAGAAACAAGUUAAGUUAAAGGGUACCAACACAAUGGUAGGCAAGGAUUGGUCAGAGCCACAGAUCCUGCCAUUUUUUCUUCCUCCAUAGCAUUAGCACUACCAUUAGUGUUUUCUUGCAGAGACCCAUAAUAGAGAAAAUAUUAAAAAUAACACAAGAUGGACUCUGAAAAUAUGGUUGGCUAUACCACACAUGCUUGCCAAGGGACAGAGAAAUGUUGAGACAAUGCAAACUUUAUUGAAAUAUAUGGAAGAACUGGUAUAGAAUGCAAGCUGAUCUACAGUGCACAUGCUAAUCUUAUGAGAGCCUAUCCACAGCCAUCCUUUGCAAUCAAGUGAGACAUGCACAAUUUACAUCAUCAACCCAUGUGUCUCAAGUGAGCACAAAAAGGAACAAAUUAACUUAUUUAUAUACAGUGAUCCAGAUUGUAGAUAAUUUGUCUCAUUAAGUGCUGUGCUGGAUAUGAAUUUAAUUUUCAUCUGGUGAUAAUUAUGUAGAAAUAAAAAAAUGUACAUCACUUUACAAACA